AUGUUCGCUCCUAAGACCUCCGCUCCAUCGGCCGGUGGGUUAACCGUUAACACAAACUCCGCUAAUUCUCUCUUCGGCGGCACCAAUACCCAGACCAACCCAACUUCAACCCCAGCAACAGCACCAGGCACUACUGGAGGACUUUUCGGCAGCGCAACUUCGGGGGCUCAAUCAAAACCAGCUGGUGGUUUGUUCGGAAAUACACAGUCGACUCCAAGCACCGGAUCAAAUAUGUUCUCUGGCCUAGGUGGCCAACAGCAAGCUGGGGCGGCCGGCGGAGGGAUGUUCGGUAGCUCCACAACCACAACUACACAACCUCAGUCUUCUGGCUUAUUUGGUGCUACGGCAGGAGCCAGUGCCGCUCCCGGCACUACCACUACCCAAGCACCAGCCGGUGGCCUUUUCGGCAGCAGCUUAGGUGCAAGCUCUACAGCUCCAACGCAACAAAGGCCUAUGCUGGGACUCGCCGGCUUGGGCAAUACAACCACUUCAGGCAGUCUUUUCAACAAUACGCAACAACAACAACAGCAGCAACAGCAACCGCAACCGCAACAACAGGCUGCGAAGCCUACACUAUCUUUGUUUUCGAAUUCUACCACAGCACCGGGAACGCAACCAUCCCUGCAGCAAAAUGCGGCGACGGGGAAUGUGGUGCCUGGCGUCAAGGUUGACCUUAGCAACCUUUUACCUACAACCAAGUUCGAAAGCUGUUCCGAUGAGCUUCGUCGAGAGAUUGAGAACAUCGAUAACGCCAUCUUAGAACAAAUUCGAGUUUGCAAUGAAGUGGCUGAUAUGCUUCCGACCAUAGAACAACAGGGAUCUACCAUCCCCAACGACGUUGAGUUUGUACAGGGCAAGCUGGACACCAUUCAACAUGCACUAGAGAAUGAUGCAAGCGAUAUAGAUCAACUCCGAGGACUAGUGGGUAGAGAUGCGGCCGAAGCCCAAGUUGCUUUCCGCGCCAUUGACACGUUGAAGUUGCCUCUGCAGUAUCAGUCGGCAGGAGGGGGUGGCUGGUGGUCAGUGCAUGAUCAAAAGGUUCCAGACCGCGGUUCAUUGCGUACGACUCGGAAAAACACCCUAGCACUUCCUGAUGACGUGGAAGUUGACCCGUCCACCGCUAAUGCAGUCAACGGAGUGCCGGUGAAUCUGGUUGAUUACUUUUCCCACCGUGCAGAUGAGAUGGAUUCCGUUCUCGGCCGAUACAAGGGCAAUCUUAAAGAGAUUGAAGACCAUUUGCAUGGUGUUGAGUUGAACUUGAAUCGUCAAAUCAAUGAAUUUGUGAACUCCAAGUCGCGUGAUGGCACCAGUGCUGGUGCAUCCAGAUCCGCUGUCAACGACUUAGCUGCUGUCCUCGGAGAUGUCGAGGCAGGCAUCAUGGGUGUUGCUGCUCGGCUUGGCAGUGUUACAGAACAAGCCCAGGAGGUCAGCCUCGGUCCAUUGGGGCUGGGUGAUAGUCGGCUAGGAUGA